AGAUGCGCAGUAGUCAUCCGCCAUAUUGAGACUAUACUUUUGUCGUAGAAAUUUUAGACAAGCAAGGUGAAAAAACCCGAAAUUGAGAGGUUUUAUUUGUCAUAUAGCCACAGAAAUAUGCCAGACUACUUAGGAAAAGACCAAAGAACAGUAAAAGAAGAUGAAGAUAAAAAUGAUAAGCCUAUUCAAGUUCUAGACGAAGGGGACAUAGCACUUUUGAAGACUUAUGGUGCUGGAGUAUACAGUCGAUCAAUCAAGAAAGUAGAGGAGGACAUUCAGUCUAUAUUAAAAAAAGUCAAUGAACUCAUAGGCAUAAAAGAGUCUGAUACAGGUCUUGCGCCUCCUGCUUUGUGGGACUUGGCUGCGGAUAAACAAACUCUACAUGGUGAACAGCCUUUACAGGUUGCUAGAUGUACAAAGAUAAUAAAUGCUGAUUCAGAUGAUGCUAAGUACAUAAUUAAUGUUAAGCAGUUUGCAAAGUUUGUGGUAGACCUUGGUGACCAAGUAGCACCAACUGAUAUUGAAGAAGGCAUGAGAGUAGGUGUUGAUCGUAACAAAUAUCAGAUACAUAUUCCACUCCCCCCAAAGAUUGAUCCAACUGUUACUAUGAUGCAGGUUGAAGAAAAGCCAGAUGUAACUUAUUCUGAUAUUGGCGGAUGUAAAGAACAGAUUGAAAAACUGAGAGAAGUGGUAGAAACUCCUCUAUUGCAUCCGGAAAGAUUUGUGAAUCUUGGUAUAGAACCUCCAAAAGGAGUCCUGCUGUUUGGGCCACCUGGUACAGGUAAGACCCUUUGUGCCAGAGCUGUAGCCAACAGAACUGAUGCCUGCUUUAUCAGGGUUAUUGGGUCAGAGCUAGUACAAAAAUAUGUUGGAGAAGGUGCAAGAAUGGUCAGAGAACUCUUUGAGAUGGCAAGAACAAAGAAAGCUUGUAUUGUGUUCUUUGAUGAGAUCGAUGCUAUUGGAGGUGCACGGUUUGAUGAUGGUGCUGGAGGGGAUAAUGAAGUACAAAGGACUAUGUUAGAAUUGAUAAAUCAACUGGAUGGUUUUGAUCCAAGGGGCAACAUCAAGGUCCUCAUGGCUACUAACAGACCUGAUACACUAGAUCCUGCUCUAAUGCGCCCAGGACGUCUAGAUCGCAAGGUGGAAUUUGGUUUACCUGACCUAGAGGGAAGAGCACACAUUUUCAAGAUUCAUGCACGUUCAAUGAGUGUAGAAAGAGAUAUCAGAUACGAGUUGCUGGCGAGACUUUGUCCAAACAGCACAGGAGCUGAAAUCAGAAGUGUUUGUACAGAAGCUGGAAUGUUUGCUAUUCGUGCCAGAAGAAAGGUUGCCACAGAAAAAGACUUUCUCGAUGCUGUGAACAAAGUCAUCAAAGCCUACGCCAAGUUCAGUGCAACUCCAAGAUACAUGACUUACAACUAAAUAUUCUUGUAAAUCAACAACUUUCGCAACUAACAAAUGGAAAGAAAUGCAAACAAUAAAAUAAAGGUUAGGUUUGAAAUAUU